AGCGGCGGUCGCGCGGUAUGUCGCGUCGGUUGCUCCGGCCGCGUCAGAGACAUUCUCGUUCGCAGGCGGCAGCGGAGCCCGCGCCUGUAGCAGAGCCCCCGCCGGCGCCCGAGCCGGAGCCCCAGCCGCCGUCCGACGACGAGAGGGAACCGGGGGACUGGCGGUCGUCACGUCCGGCGUCCCCGCCGCAGCGUCCUGACGACGUCUCUGAAGCUUCCGAAGCGACAGCGCGUCCUAGGAACGAGCCUGCUAGCCGUUACGCCAACCUUAACUUCUGGAAAGCUAGACGAGUGACCUUCUACAGAAAUGGCGACCCGUUCCAUCCAGGUGUGGAGUUCCGAUUUAAACCGGGCAGAGAUCUGGCGUCGAUGGAUGCUUUGCUGGACAGAUUAUCGGAGAGAUUGGAACUGCCGAGAGGAGCGAGGUUCAUAUUCGGUAUGGAUGGCGAUAGGAAGUAUAGACUGGAAGAGCUUGAAGAUGGCGCUUCGUAUGUGGUGUCUUCAUACAAAACUUUUAAGGCAGCAAGUUACGGCAAAAAGAACGGCAUGUGGUACGGCGGCACGACCCCCGCGGCGGCCCCGAGCGGCUGGUCGCGCGCCGGCACCCGCAAGCAGUCCGUGGCCGAGUCCGACGCGCCCCCGCCGGGCGGCGGCAAGCCCACGUCCGGCCGUGUUAUACGGAUCAUUAACAACAUGGACCACUCUAUACAGUGCCGUGUCUUGUUAAACCUGCGUACCACGCAGCCUUUCGAAGAGGUCCUGGAGGAUUUGGGACAAGUACUGAAAAUGAGCGGAGCCAAACGAAUGUACACAAUCACUGGACAAGAGGUGAGAAGUUUCUCCCAGCUUCGCAACGAGUUUGCUGACGUGGAAACCUUCUACCUGGGCACAAUGAUGGUCGCACCAGCUCUGAGCCCCGGAGUCAGCGCGCCACUGCCAGUCGAAUCUCCUAUGAGAAGGUCUCGAUCCCGAGGUAACGUGGCCGCAGCCCCAGCCUCCGAUGAGGUGUCAGUGCGCGGGCGGCGCGCACGCAGCAAGAGCCGACCGAGGGUGCUGUACGCACCUGAAGGAGAAAUCGUUCGUAAUUCAGAUUACACUCUACUGGAGGUACUAAAGGAGGAGCCGAUCCGCGUAACUAUCCGCGGUCUCAGACGCACCUUCUACCCGCCCAUCCACCACGCUCCCGUUGACAACGCGCCGCCAGAGAAGAAGCUCGCACUGGAAUGGGUCUACGGCUACCGAGGCUCCGACUGCCGACGAAACCUCUGGGUGCUGCCCACUGGAGAGCUCUUGUACUACGUCGCAGCCGUCGCCAUCAUGUACGACCGCGACGAGGAAUCACAGCGGCAUUACACGGGACAUACUGAGGACAUACAGUGCAUGGAACUGCACCCCUCCCGCGAGCUAGUAGCAAGCGGCCAGCGCGCCGGUCGCGGGCGCCGCGCGCAGGCCCACGUCCGUAUCUGGAGCACCGACACUUUGCAGACUCUCCACGUUUUUGGAAUGGCUGAGUUUGAAGCUGGCGUCUCUGCUGUUGCUUUUUCACAACUGAACGGAGGCAGCUACGUACUGGCUGUGGAUGCCGGCCGUGAGAGCAUUCUCUCCGUGUGGCAGUGGCAAUGGGGACACCUGCUGGGUAAAGUUGCGACACUACAAGAAGAGCUGACGGGCGCCGCCUUCCACCCCCUGGAUGACAACCUCCUCAUCACACACGGGAAAGGACAUCUGGCGUUCUGGAACCGGCGGAAAGAUGGGUUCUUCGAGCGGACUGAUAUUAUUAAACCUCCCUCUCGCACACACGUGACAGCGCUACAGUUCGAGCAGGACGGCGACGUGGUCACAGCCGAUAGCGACGGCUUCAUCACUGUGUAUAGCGUCGACAGCGACGGUGCAUAUUUCGUGAGGAUGGAGUUUGAGGCGCACAUUAAGGGCAUCAGCUCCCUGGUGAUGCUUUCGGAAGGAACUCUCAUUUCCGGCGGAGAGAAGGACAGAAAGAUAGCGGCAUGGGAUUCUCUGCAAAAUUAUAAGAGGAUAACUGAGACAAAGCUGCCUGAAUCUGCUGGCGGAGUGCGCAGCAUCUACCCUCAAAGACCAGGUCGCAACGACGGUAACCUCUAUGUUGGGACCACUCGCAACAAUGUUAUGGAAGGAUCAUUACAGAGACGAUUCAAUCAGGUUAUUUUUGGUCACCACAAGCAGCUCAUGGGCCUGGCCGUCCACCCGGACGAUGAAAUGUUCGCGACAGCCGGACACGAUAAGAACAUCGCCUUGUGGCGCGGACACAAACUUGUGUUUGCUACUCAAGUUGGAUACGAAUGCGUGUCUCUCGCUUGGCACCCAGGCGGCGGUGCGCUAGCGGCCGGCAGUACUGAGGGACAUUUGGUGGUGUUGAACGCUGACGCCGGAGCACACGUAGCCACACUACGUGUUUGUGGAUCGCCGCUUAAUUGCUUGAUGUAUAAUUCAGCUGGAGACCUGCUCGCCAUCGGCUCCCAAAAUGGCAGCAUCUACCUAUUCCGCGUGUCCCGCGAUGGCUUCUCCUACAAGAAGUCCAACAAGAUCCGCGGAGCACAACCACUGGUGCAGCUAGACUGGAGUCUGGACGGCAACUACCUGCAGACCGUCACAGCUGACUACGACUUGGCUUUCUGGGACAUAAAGUCCUUGUCGCCAGAAAAGAGCCCGAUAGCAAUGAAGGAUGUCAAAUGGUCCACGUUUAACUCUACCGUCGGAUUUUUAGUUUCUGGAAUGUGGAACAACAGAUUCUACCCAAUGACGUCUCUGAUAUCGACUGCUAGUCGGUCAGCUGCGCACGACCUGUUGAUCAGCGGAGAUUCUGACGGAUAUCUGCGCUUGUUCAGAUACCCCUGCGCCAGUCCCAAAGCGGAAUACAACGAGAUGAAAGUGUACAGCGGCUCCGUGUACUGCGCGCGCUUCCUCUUCAACGACCGCUGCCUGGUGACCGCCGGGGGCUCCGACGCCGCGCUGAUGCUGUGGGAGCUGGUGGACGACUAGCACGAGGCCCCCCGGCCGCCCGCCGUCGUGGUCGCGCCCCCCACCCCCU